AUGAGUCUCGUGGAGCAGCAGCGUGGCGCGUUUGCCGAGCUGGGCAAGGGGCUCGAGAAGAGCGUAAAGGAUGUCGUGCCCCAGAUAGAGAAGCUCCAGAAGGCUUCUGAAGAUAACGACCUCGAAUUUCCCGACGGUCUUUCGCUGCUCACCGUCAAGGUCGAUGCACUGCUCGCCUACAUGCACCACAUGGCGCUCCUCUGUGCCCACCGCGCCUCUGGCAAGUCGCUGGGCGAUGCAGCGGGCGAGGCGUAUGUCCGCGGCCUCGUAUCGCUGCGUCUCAUGCUUGAAAAGAUGCGCCCGAUGGAGACGCGCAUCAAGUACCAAAUCGAAAAGCUGAUGCGUGCCGCGUCGACCGCCGAGCAGGCGCCGGCCGCGGCCGAGGGCGAGGAGGAAAUCGACCCGCUGGCCUUCCGCCCGAACCCCGCGGCACUCGCCUCGGCCAAGCCCCAGGCGGCCGAGGACGAGGAGGAAGAGAGCGGCGCGUAUCGCCCCCCGAAGGUCGCGCCGGUCCUCUUCGACCCUGACGCACGCCCUUCGCGCAAGGACCGCAACCGCGAGCGGCAGCCGUCGCGCAAUGCUGCGCUCCUUGCCGAUCUGUCCGCCGGCAUGUCGGCGAACCCCUACGAGACGACCACGGCCGGUGUCGGCAGUGGCGGUGCGCUUGGCACGGCGGGCUCGUCGCGUGCGCGUGCGCUCAAGCGGAUGGAAGAGUUCGAAGAGGACAACUACAAGCGUCUUUCCAUGUCGAAGAAGGACGCAAAGCGCCGUCGCCGCGACGAGCAGGACGUUGCGCUCGGUGGCCUCGGCCUCUCGGCCAAAGGCGACCGCAUUGGCGGCGGUGUCGAGGAAGAGUUUGGCGAUUUGCUGCGUGGCAGCGCGCGCGAUGCGCGCCGCGGCAGUGGCGCGUACGAUGUGCUGCAGCAGCGCUCCAAGCGCCCCUCGACCCUCGCACGCGCCCAGAGCAAAGGCGGCGCGCGCGAUGGCGACGUGGUUGCCGGCUCUGCGUCCUCGCACAAGUUCAAAAAGGCCAUGCGCUCGCAGCGGAAAAAGUCGCGUGCGUAG